AAGCUUCCAAACAAAGAGAAUUAAUGGAAAGUAAGAUUUGCAAAGGAAUCAUUCUCUUCCUCGUCCUCUCUCACUCACAACCCUACGCAUAUAAAAUAAUUGAAAUAAAAUGUAUACAUACUACUCCAUAUAUUAAAUAAAUAAUCAAAACCCUUAUCUUCUUCAUGAGAAUCAUUUCCUCUCCACAAAACCAUGCCUUCUCAAAGCCCCUCUUCUCACUUUUCAAUAAUCGAUCCCUUCAUAUAUGGCUCAUGCUGAGAUCAUAUGACCAAUAAAUAUGGUUCCUCUUGAAUCCUCACUGCUUUUUGGCGGUUUCACCGACGCGAUGAUGAUGAGAGAAACAACUAUAAACAAUCAAGAUUCUAGCGGGGAAGAUACAUGCUCCGUCUCCGAUCCAACAGCAGCUUCUACUGAGUCUUAUUAUAACAUGUUUUCUUCCUCUCUGGUGAAAGACGUCGGAGCCGCCGCAAAGAACGAUGCCGUUUGUUCUAUUAAUGUAGAAGAAGGUAAAGAUAAAUCUUGGCUCCGCUUAGGUAUAGGCCCUGAGGAGAACAACCAUAACACGGGGUCGUAUAAGCUUCAACGUUGUUCUAGCAAAAACGGAAGUGAAAGAGAGAAGUCGUUAGAGCUCAGCUUGUUCUCCUCCUCCCUAGCCACAGGAGGAGCCAUUAGUAGUAGCGUAGAGUACUCACAGCCGCAACCACCGCAGCCGCCAUAUCGGUGUGAUCAGUUAUUAACGAUGCGUGGACCGUCGUUGGUUUACAAUCAACAACUAAUUCGGCCUCAAACGUUAUUUAAUCGAGGCUUUUCGUUUCCAUCGUCAAAGCCGUGGAUACCUCAAUAUACGGCACCGUUUAGACCGUCAUCAUUGAGUGACCGUGACGUCACUAACAAUAAUAGUGCUACAAGGAGUUGUUGUGUGGAUGAAGGAGGAGGAGCUGGACCAAGUUCCGAGUUUAGGGUUCUUGAUCCUCCAAGAAGACCACAUUCUGGUCUUUGGUUUCUCCUUCAAGCUUCACAAUUUCAGGAAAAGGAACCGUUCUUGCCUCAAGUAAGCAAAAGCUACUUGAGAAUCAAGGAUGGGAGAAUCACAGUUAGAUUGCUAAUUAAGUACCUCAUGAAGAAGCUUCAAUUGGAUAGCGAAUCUGAGGUAAAUAUCUAA